ACUCAUCCCUGUCUCAACACUGCACAAGAGAGCGAGAAGUGAGCAUUACGCUGCCAUGUCAAUAAAACCCGACUGCAUCUAACGCUUAUGAGUUGUAUGUUGCCAAAGAGAGAGCGUGAGUAUGGAUGUGAGAGAUAUCGGGUGUGAAUGCGUGUAAGAGGAUCAUUACACCUCCUGCCGCGUCUCUCGCGGAAGACUACACCAUUGAUCGCAUUCACCAGCGGUGUUAACGUCCACGCAGCCGUGACGAGGAGGUGGUGGGGGCAGGCUCCGUGUCGUUUGUGUGCGUACCAGUCGAGGAGGGGUGCUGCCCGUGUACUUGUGUUGCAUCAGAUGGUCCCGUUGCCAGUGUCAGGAUACGCAGAGUGUGCAUGCGCAUGCUACAGGGACGCUUAGUAGGGAUGGCGACUGCAGUGCUGCUAAUAAUCGUAACUUUAAUCGGCGCUACUACUCACACCCCUUCACCUGGGACCGGUCCACCUGGGAAGUGUCCUCGGGGUGAGGAUCUCGGUGGUGCUGGGAGUGUGGGUCUCAGAAGAGCUGGGAGUGAGGAUGUGGGGAGAGCUGCGAGUGAGAGUCUGGGAGGAUUUGGAGGUGAGAGUCCGGGAGAAGGUGGAAUCGAAGACCUGGGAAUGCCGUCUCGAGAGGAGGCUCUUCACGCCACGGUGCAGGCGCUGGAACGAGCUGCUCGUUUUUUGGAGGCGUCGCGGGAGCUCCUGAACUUUGACGGCGUCAUCGGAUUCCGCAUGAUGCACGCUCAGUUGGCGGACGGUCUGCAGCUGGAGGCGGCGCUGUGUGGGGAGCGUGGUGGAGCGCUGCGCGUGACCCCCAUGGUGGAGCGCGUGCGGGAGCUCGCAUUGCGCGUGCACGAGCUCAGUUCAGACGCCCUGCAACACGCCUGCCUCUCUCUGCCCCAUUACUGCUGGAAGAUGGCUCCGUUGGCUAUCUCAACUUUGUGGUCAAACACAGAGCCAAGUUCCCGCUGCUCGCACAUGCCCCUUCCAAACAGCCGGCGGCACGCAACUCGCAUGGAGGCAGAGGAGACGGCUGAGAAUUCACUUGAGAGCUCCAUGGAGUCUCUCUUCCCUCUGCCGAGCUCGGCGUGCAUCCGUGACGAAAACUCAAGCGACAGCUGCCUCAGCAGCCUGCUGGGCACCAGGCCCGGCGUGGCAGUGUGCACCGUGCCGACGCCGUGUGCCCGCUGGGCGCGUGCUAGUGGGUGCACAGGCUACGCGCUCUCCCAUCAGCUGCUCUACCUGUUCGUGGCAACACAGAUCGGCUGCCCCUGGUCUCGGGGCCCGGACGUAUCGGCGCAGCAGGGGGCUCUGUGCGCGCGGAUGAUGCGGCACAACGGCGCCCUGGCCGCACUGGGACUCCCACAGCCGCAGGAGGACCUCUUCGUGGAGAACAUGCUGUUGUGCUCCAUGGCGGGGAGGCGCAUGGGGCUGCAGGCUGCGUGGCUCAGAAGAGUCGUGCACAUGCAGCACCCACACAGCGGCUGCUUCAAGACUCCCGCAACACGAGGCAGUUCCCACAGGGAGCCAGUGGGACUCGAGCGGCUUCACAAGAGGAGAGAGAAGCGGAUCGAUGGUGGCUGCUCAAGCCACAAGACUGCGGUCGCCGUGGGUCUCCUGGGUUGCUUUGUGCGCGAGUUGCUGCCCCUCGUCUCCUGCGCCGCGGAACCAAUUCUGCCACGGAGUGGGCGUCGUGGAUGGAUGGAUUCCCUCCUCGCCCUACCCAGCGAUUCGGCCCCAGUCGCAGGCAGGUUGUGGAGUAAACGCCAACAGGGCUCGUCGGAGACGACCGCUCGGAGUGAGAGUUUUCUCUAGUACAGUAUAUCCUUGGAUUGCGAGUAACUUGGUCUGCGAGUGUUUUGCAAGACGAGCAAAUUUUUUAAGUAAAUAUUAAUUUGAUAAACGAGCGAGGUCUCGCAAUACGAGUAGAACGUGUAUACGCUUUGUCUGCCGAGCGUCACGUGAUCACAACUGAUAUGCGAGUGCUUUGAUAUACGAGUGCUUUGGAUUACAAACACGUUUCCGGAACGAAUUAUGCUCGCAAUCCAAGGUUUUACUGUAGUUUUAAGAACAGCGCCAAAUAAAUGUUGAUUGCGAUGAAGGUUUCAGUCGGGGAGAGACGCUCUCUCAGAAGUAUUUCAGAAUCACAAGACUCAUUCAGACUGGAGGAGGAAUCUGCCGAUGAGCUAUAAGGCUCUUUCACAGAUGUUCAGCAGGAGCGGGUCAGAAUGUUACAACAGCAAACAACACAAAGACACCAUAGGAGGUGCAAACGUAUCAGAAAGGUAAACAAAUGACGAAGCAAAAUGAGCUUAUUAGCUUCUAUUUGUUGGCGAGUUGUCACAGGGUUUCCAGUUACCGCGACCCACGUGACACACUAAGCAAUCAACACUGGCUUAUCACGUGGAACACGUAUGCACACACACGGAACACGUGCACACACGCACCUCCGUUUAGCACGGUUGGCUACGUACGGUGCGAAAGAAGUUCAACAUACACGCACACUGAGAUCUUAAUUCGAAUUGGCUAUUAACGCAAGACGGAGCGUUCAUCGCUUUGCGCGUCACACAGGAGCCUGCUGGAACGAGCUAAUUCGUAUUUGAAUGGGGAGUGAAUUGGUAAACGGAGAAAGAUGUCGCGUGGUGGUUCGCGAGGACUGGAGUUUGCGAAACCCGAUCUUUGAGUGGACAUCUCGUUCGUAAAAACAAAUUCGCUGUUUACAUCUGGUUAUUAAAACAAAUUCGCUGGAAUAAACGAUUCACAAUAACAACACAUGAAUGCUCCACAAGAGCUUCAAGCCACAAAGUUUCACAACAAUGAUGCAACAUUAAAACAAGUUCGCUGCUUAGUUGAAGCUGCCUCGUGUUUGAGAAUUGUUUUUUUCUUCUGGGUUUGCUUCACCUUCGUUUGUUAAGACUCCGUACACAACGCUUCUCCACUUUCCCCGGGGGGUAGGAAUUGACAGUUACAGCGAUGUGCUUCUGUGAGCGUGAUGUGUGGGCAUUUGUGACUGUGGAUCGAUUCGUUCGUCAUUAAAUGCCCUACAAACG